GCAGCCUCCACGGCCCUGAUCCUAUCGCGGCGGCGCAGGGCGGGCCGGCCUUCCGUGGGACCGGGCCGGGGGGCGGGAUGUGUCACCCGAAUACCGCGGCUGAGUCGGCGGCCAAACCAGCCGGGCAGGUCGGGCGGAGUAUAAGAGCGGGAGGGAGCGGCCGGCGGCAGACGCGGGAGCCGGUCCCGGUCGGCGAGCCGAGCCUGCAGAGGCCCCCGCGCCGCGUCGCCCGCGUCCCGUCCGCGCUCCUCGGCCCCACCAUGGCGCGGGGCCCGGGCCUCGCGCUGCCAGCGUCCCCGCUGCCGCUGCUGCUGCUCCUGGCGGCGCUGACCGGCCCCGCGGCCGCGCAGGACAACUGCACGUGCCCCACCAACAAGAUGACCGUGUGCGCCCGGGACGGCCCGGGCGGCCGCUGCCGCUGCCGCGCGCUCGGCUCGGGCGUCGAGGUGGACUGCUCCACGCUCACCUCCAAGUGCCUGCUGCUCAAGGCGCGCGCGAGCGCCCCCAAGGGCGGCCGCGCGCUGGUGCGGCCGAGCGAGCACGCGAUCGUGGACAACGACGGCCUCUACGACCCCGACUGCGACCCGGACGGCCGCUUCAAGGCCCGCCAGUGCAACCAGACGGCGGUGUGCUGGUGCGUGAACUCGGUGGGCGUGCGCCGCACCGACAAGGGCGACCAGAGCCUGCGCUGCGACGAGCUGGUGCGCACCUACCACAUCCUCAUUGACCUGCGCCACCGCGCGGCCGCCCGCGCCUUCAACAGUUCGGAGCUGGACGCCGAGCUGCGCCGGCUCUUCCGCGAGCGCUACCGCCUGCACCCGCGCUUCGUGGCGGCCGUGCACUACGAGCAGCCCACCAUCCAGAUCGAGCUGCAGCAGAACGCGUCGCAGAUGGCCCCCGGCGACGUGGACAUCGCCGACGCCGCCUACUACUUCGAGAGGGAUGUCAAGGGCGAGUCGCUGUUCCUGGGCCGCCGCGGCCUCGACGUGAGCGUGCGCGGCGAGCCCCUGCUGGUGGAGCGGACCCUCAUCUACUAUCUGGACGAGAAGCCCCCCCAGUUCUCCAUGAAGCGCCUCACCGCCGGCCUCGUCGCCGUCAUCGUGGUGGUCGUGCUGUCCCUCGUCGCCGGCGUGGCCGUCCUGGUGAUCAGCAACCGGAGGAAGUCGGGAAAGUACAAGAAGGUGGAGAUCAAGGAACUGGGGGAGUUGAGAAACGAACCGAGCUUGUAGGUACCGGCGGGGCAGGGGAUGGGAGGGGUACCGGGUUUCAGCAUAGCCCAGACCCCAGUGAGUCACGUUUCUUGAUUCUUGGCCCAAAGGAGACAUUUCUCCUUCCAAAUUGCUGCCUUUCCCCACCCCACCAAGUUUGAUAGAUCUUGGUCUCGGGGUCACCUCUCUUUCUGACUUACGUCUUGAAGGAAGCAUUUCUAAAAUUCCUUCCCUUUGGGGCCAACAAGAAAUCUGACUCGAAGAGGUAAGAAAGUCUGGAUUAGGGUUAUGUAUAAGAAUCAAGUGUCUGUAUGACAACUCAGCCACGUUUGUAAGUGACACAGUCUAUGUUGAGGGCUUCAAUGCGUUUAGAUGGGAAACAGCGCUUUUACUGUUUUAGGUUUAAGUUAUUUGAUUAGCUCCGUGUAUCA